GCUUAAUCAUAAUGGAGUAAUAAUAUCAUUAUUAUUCAUAGCUAAGCAGGAUACAAUCAUUCUCAAAUUCAAUCACUACUUCAUUAAUCAUCCAAUUUAAUUAGAUAACCCAGAAUAGGUCAAUAAGGAUCUAUAGGCUAAACUGAAACUUUCUAAUAUAAGUACAAUCACUUCUCUAUUAUAUAGUCCUUAGUUGAGGCAACCCUAAGUACAAUAGUAUUCAUCUUAAAAUAUCGGAAUAGCGUAUAUUAUUAAUAUUAUUCGAAAGCCCCUUUUCUGCAAGACAAAUUGCUACUACACCUGUUUUAUCCCAAAGUAUUACAUAAUCACAACCUCUUCUAAUCACUCCCUCUGUUAGGAUUGCACCUACACAACCAAAUAACGCUGAAGUGCAUCAUUAAGAAAGACCUUUACAAGUUGUCACAAUGGAUGACAUGGACUCAAGGUGGAAAACAAAAUGCAGUAAUUUCAAUUAUGUAAUUUUAAGUGCAAUUGGAAGUGUGUUUGUUUGAUCUUCAACAAGAAAAUCUUAGAUUAAAAGGAGGUGCCCCUUAGAUUUCCUAUGUUUAAGAUGAUACCAAAGUAAUAUAAAUUAACAUUCUAGAUUAACGAACUUGUGAAUGCUAACAAAGAGUUAAAAUUUUAAGAAUAAAGUCUCAGAUAGGCUAAUAAAUAAUUACAAGACGAAUUAGACUAAUGGAAAUUACGUUAUAAAUAACUUUAGGAAUCUAAUUCGAAAAAUCAAGGAGCAGAUGAUGAGAUAAGACUUCUUAAAAAGAAAAUUAGUAAAUAUCUACCAUUAUCUUUAAGACAGCUUAACAGAUGACCUGAAAAAUUCCUAAGAACAAAAUGAAUUUAAAGACCAAGAAAUUCGUAAACUCAAACUACUCAUGAAUGAUAAAGACAAUGAACUUGAAUCGCUAGACCAAAGAAUAAGAGAAUUGGAAAUAUAAUUGGAGAGUUUCUCAUUAUCAGAAUAGUAAAUUAUUUCUCUGUAAGGGGAAGUAGAAUUAUGGAAAAAGAAAUUCAAAUAGCAAAAUGAAAUUAAUUCUGAUAUUUCAGAAAAACUUACAAUGGCUGAAACAUAAUUAGAGGCCUUGAGAAAGAGCAAAGUUACAGUAACCAAAGAAAGUGAAAUUAAAAGGACCGGGCCAUCUGGUACUGCAGUGACAACUUAAUUUGAAACAAGUAGCAUCAAAGGGGCUACUAUAGCUCCUGGAGGGUAUAGUACUUAUGGUGCUAACAAUAGUGGGAGAAAUUCAGUUGUUAGAAAUUCAGGGUAUAACGACAGAAAAUAAUUGUGAU